AAAACAUUAAUUUUAAAUUAAAUAAAGCAGAAGCUCACUUUUCAAGCAAAAAAAAUUUCAAAAGUACGAAACAAUAGAUAUGCUGACAAAACAUAUUGAGAUACUCUCUGGUUGUCAAAUGUUAGUGGAACUAAGAACACCUGUGUGAACUACACUAAAAAUCCCUUUCACACCAGCUGCAUAAAAGUCAUUGCAAAAACGGCUAGAGAUGUUUUAACGUCAUUUAUUUGCAGACUUGGUUUCAUAUUAUGUAUCUAACACUAUCACAUCAAUAGAGCUUUAAGUGUGGCUUAAGUGCCCAUAUACUUUUUUGGGUCCACUGUAUGUGUGCAUGUGGGUCGAAAUCCCAGGCACUAUUCCCACAGCGUUCUUCCUAUUGUCCUGGGAGAGAAGGAGGGGAACUAAUUAAAAAGAGUGGAAAAGAGGAGACAGAGAAACAGAGACAGAAGGAAGGAGGGAGGAACAGAGGGGGGUAAAGAUAGAGCAAGAUGAGACAGUGGAGAGAAGAAGCUAAUUGAAAGGAGAGAAAUGACAGAGAGAGAGAAAGAAGGGAGGGCUGAUGAGGGGUUGGGAGGGAGUGUGGGAGGGUAAGGAAGAGGGAGCCAAAACUGGCAACUUUGCCAAAGUGCCAAGUUCAGUCACUUGUGCUGCUGCAACAGAACGCAAGAGGACGAGUGUAGCCAGGGUGACUGAGAGGUAGAAAAAGCAAGGAAAAGAGAGAGAGAGAACAGGAGGAGAACUGUCAUUCUCUAGCUUCAAGUCCAGGGGGGUCUAGAGAUGUCAAAACACGGCUACACAUAAAAGCAGAAACAAGGACCAGACUUAGUCAGCAAGAGAGGUCUAAUAAAGACUCCCAAGCAGCGUGCUUGUAUUGUGGUCAGAGGAUAGAGGGAGAAAUAGAGGAGAAGAAGGUGGAGAGGAAAAAAAGGAAAUAGGGAGGGGCGUGCUCGCAUUAGAAGGUGGCUGGUUUCCUUACUGUUGCAUUUGAAGGACAGAGGAGGAAUCCAUCAUCUGAGAUCAUCUCGACAGGACCGCACGUCUCCAUCGCUCCAUCGAUUCAACCUUCCCUUGCGGGGAUAAAGGAGGACCGAGGACCCUGUGGCGAUGAAGAGACCUCAUGACUACAGUUCCCCAGACUCGGACACGGACGAACUGAUCGAUGUCGGACAGGAGGACAGCUACUGCCCUGUCACUGGGUCCAUGUCUCCAGGCAGUACCUCACAGAUCCUGGCGCGCAAGAAGAGAAGAGGGAUAAUUGAGAAGAGGCGCAGGGACAGGAUCAACCACAGUCUGUCAGAGCUCAGGAGACUCGUACCCAGUGCCUUUGAAAAACAGGGCUCCUCUAAACUGGAGAAGGCUGAGAUCCUUCAGAUGACAGUGGAUCAUCUGAAACUGCUUCAUGCCAUGGGCGGCAAAGGCUACUUUGAUGCUCGUGCUCUGGCAGUGGACUACAGGACUUUGGGCUUUCGGGAGUGCGUUGGAGAGGUGGUGAGAUACCUCAGCUCUCUGGAGGGGGUUGAAUCCUCAGACCCCAUUGGCGCACGCCUCGUGUCCCACCUCAGCCACUGCGCCAGUGAGCUGGACCCUCUCCUCCAGAGCCAUGCCACUCUGCCUUUUCCUCCCUGGCCCUGGCCUUCCUUCCCUCAGCUAGCAGCCGCCUCAUCUCCAGUCUCGUCUAACCCUUUUCCCCCAAAUGCCCGCCGGGAUCUGGCCCCCCAUACCACCGCCACCUUGCUGGGCUACCCUUCACCGGCCCUGCGAGUGGGAUCUUUGAGCACCCAGGGAGCAUUAAUGAAUCCGGCGCUGACCCCGGUGCGUCGACUGCCCUCAAUCCCCGGCCAUCCUCACAGACUUCAACAGCACUCACCUGAUGGACCCACAAUCCCAUCAUCCUCCUCAUCUUCCUCCAACUCCUCCACUCCCCAGAUUUCCUUCAGACCCUUUGCCCCUCUGGGGUCUCCAGCACCAGGUCGCAGGGGUUUGAGUACCUCCAGUAAGUCCGCACAGGCCUGGGGCACAGAAAUUGGGGCGUUCUGAAUCAGCAUUAUGGAGAAGUUUGGAGUUUAUGACAGUCUGAAAGGAAAAAUACAUUUAUUGGUCAUUUCAACUUAUUCAUGACCAUUACCACCUUUAAAAGGAACUACAAAGCAUUGGACAAUUCAGAUUAAAAUGUUUAUUCAGUACCAUCUACUAUUCCAACUCAAAUGACAUUUAGAAAUAAAAAAAUAAAACAAAAAAGUAUUAUGUUUACAGAAAAAGAGGAGGGAAGUUAAAUGGACUGUAGAAUCCAAGUAUAAAAUCAAAGGUAAAUGCAACUCUCUGAGAUAAAUGAAGUGCUCAAAGCAAUGCUUUGAUCACUUUGAUCUUGGAUUUUGAUAUCCAGAUACUGGAAUUUUUUAGAACUCUGAUCUUUUAUCUUUUUUAUAUUAGUGUAUUUGUUUACUCUGCCAUUUAUACAUUGAUUUACCAUGGAUUCUGACAUGAUAUAUCAUAUUUUUUGAGAUGGAAGUGCUUGAGGAGAUUACAUAAACAGAAAUGUGCCUUAUCAAAAAAAAAAAAAAAAAGUGUUCUUCUUCUUCUCUUAAUUCUGUGUGCAAGUACAUGGAGGUUCCAGAAGAUGGCAGUACUAGAGCAAAUCAUUAAGAUUAAAAACAAGUGUUUUAUUAAAUUUUAUAGAUGCUAUUUUAAUCCUUUUUUGUUUUAAACUGCACAUAAAAUGCAAUUAUUUAACUGAGGAAAGAACAUGUUGUUUUUGUAAUAUCAUGAUUUUCUCACAGUCUACAAU